AGAGUGAUAUCCAGCACUGCGAGUUUGUGGUCAGUUCACGAGGCACACCUAUUAGGUGACUGCCUGGAUGAAGUUUCUCGUUUUUCAGUAGUUAGUCAUCGAAAGGUUCCAGACGAAGAGGCCAUAAAUGAGAUACGCCCUGGUAUAGUGGAGAUCACAUAUCUAUAGGAGGGAAGUUACUUCAGCUUCAGGCAAGCAAUCCUCGCCGAAUUCUUCAGUAAGAAAAAAAGUAGUUUGCUGCGUUACUAACCUCCUUCACCAUCUGCUGCCCGGAGGUCCAUCAAGUUGAGAAGAGACUGUAUCACACUCUUCUUUGUUACUGUCGGAAACUAUGUUGUGCAAGUAGUUUGUAAAGAGAUUAUUUCACUUUUAGGUGAGCGAUUUCUAGAGGGCCAGUAAACCAGUAACUCGUUCAAAAAUAAAUUGUAAACAUUUUGACUGCCCUCAUUAGAGUAGCUAGAAAUUCAACACAGUGGUUUUCAGACAGUAAUUUGUUCUGAGUAGUAUACAAAUGCAAUAUUCUGUUUCUUUUAGUUUCAUUUCUUGGUAGCUCAAGUAUUGUUAACAAAAUAUGGCUCUUCAUAUGAUAGAUUUUGACUUCGAAUCCAUUGAUUCUUUCUUGGGACUAUGCCCGUCUACGGAAGAGUUUACCCAGCGAUCCUUCACUGAACAGGAUCAACACGAACAAGAUCGAAGAAGCAGUUCUUUCCAGACAACAAUAGUCAAGGGAGACCCUCUCGCGGAUACUGUUUCAAUGAUACCUGUCCAAGAUCACCAGUUUCCAUCUGCAACAGCUCCAUCUAUAGUUGAGAAUCACAUAGAUGCUGUAAGCACAACAGGAAACAACGUUAUUGCAUUCAGCUCUUCACCAAUAAAAGAUACAACCGACGACAGACGUGCACCAACUACAAUGAAAUGUCAUCCGACUAAAAACAAUGAAAGUGAGGUUGAAAAUAUAAAAUAUUGCUCGUCGUCAGGUGGCGUGGUUUCUGGUGACAGUUCCAGCUAUGCAAGUGUCGAAUUACCAAGUUUGGAAUAUAACCUCCGACCAAGGUCGAUUCGAAAUCGUAUUGAAACGGAGAUUAGACGACAGACGAAAAAGAAGCGUGUUCCGAAACAGAAACCUCCUCCACUGAGUAAAUACCGCAGGAAAACUGCCAAUGAGCGCGAACGAUCUAGAAUGAAAGAAAUUAACGAGGCCUUUGAAAAGUUGCGUAACGUCGUACCUGCCUUUCCUGUCGAAAAUAAAACCGAAAACUCAAAACUAACUAAAAUUACUACGUUACGGCUGGCUAUUAACUAUAUCUCUGCUCUAGCAGAAGUUCUCCGCAAGACGGGCAACGACGAACUUUCGCCCGACGGUUCUUCUGAAGCAGGUUCUCUUGCCUCAGUAGAGCUUGCAGAGAUCGGACACUCCCUACGUGGUUUAACGAAUGAAAGCUUGGAUUUUACUUUGGACUCGGAAGGUGACAGCAUGCAACUAAGUGAUGAAUCUUUCCUAUAGGACAGACUAAAUUUUCGGGAGUUAAUUAAUCACGCCAGUGACUUCAAUCAAAUAUUUUUGUUAAUAUAUGAAACGGUUAAUUUUUCAUUGAUGUGGAGAAAAAGUAGAUCAAAACUGUUAAUGAUGUUAUUGUAUAUAAUGCAUACACAAACAGUUUUACUAGAGAGAGAGAGAAAGUAUUAUUUUUAUGUACUUACCAUGUUUCUUUUAACGAAAAUAGAUCGAUAACUUGAAAGCACACGGACGGAUGUAGCACAGAGUAUGUGACAUCACGUUACUUUUGUGAAUAUGCAGUUCUUUUAAUUAAAUAUAGCGUUAUAAGUACUUAAGUCCGUAGAAGCUCCAACAUAGUGAUUAUCAAUAAAACUUAACUCUUAACUUGCAACCUAGAGAAGAUCAAAUAGCGAACUACUUGAAUUCAAAUAAAGCUUUAGUUUCUAAUUACUGUAGAACAUUGAAUGUGCAGAUAAUAACUCCCCUUAUAGAUCUUAGCAUUAUAUGAAUCUAUUACAAACCAAAAGACAACAAAGUGGCUUUUCCUCCCCAGCAACUUGUAACAACAGAAUUACCAGAAUCAAAACGUAAAUCACUAGCAAAAUAAUUUUGAAAUUUGUUCCCUUGUUGUAAUUGUGUUAUUAUUGUUUUUUUUUUAAGGUGCCUUUCUGUUGUUGGAAAAGAUUAAAUGAUGUG